UUUUAUAGCGAAAAAUAUUGAGCAAGUGGAUUUAAUAAAAUGAAAUUUAGUAGCGAAUGCAUUUGUGUGCUGGAUUUAGGUUCAACGUAAUAUUUUUAGAUAUUUAAAUUUCAGCAGUACAUUUGACCUGAUGGCCGGAAUGUAGAAUAGAUUAUAUUAUUGAAAAUUUAAAUCUAGUGAUGUCUGAAAAGUGUAUAACAGCCGUGAUAGUUGUUGUGUUAACAGUAUUAAUCUGCGAGGAGCGCGCAGAUUAUUGUGGUUGCAAAACUGUUAGACCCUGCUAUAAGAGGAUGCUGGAUGAACUACUAGGAGAGGACGAAGAUGCUUGUAUUGAAAAUGUAGCUAUUGGCGCGAGUACUGUGACAAUAUUUCUUAAAGCCAUCAGUACAUAUUGCGAUAAGUUUAUUAAAUUGUACGAUACUGCAACAACUUACGAAGGAAAAAUAUUAUAUGAGGUUGCAAUGAGUCGGUACGUAAAUGAGGAAAUUGAGAAAGUCACUAACGGUAGUAAAAUAAAACCAGUGAUAUUACUUGAUGCUGGGCAGGACGCUGGUUCAGAGACAGUUGGGUUUGCUCUGUACAUCAUAGAACAGCUGGCGGCGUGUGUCGAGAACAAGGACAUGAUAAGGAACUUCUUAUGGAUCAUUCUGCCAUCAACCAAUCCCGAUGGACAAGAAUAUUCCAGAGGUAGUUUUGAAAGAUGGCAGAAAAACUAUCGCUCUAUAAUGGAUUAUGAAGCCACCGGUGUUGAUAUUACAAGAAAUUUUGACGACUUUUUUACCGAAUGUUUUCGCGUUGAAAACAAAUUUUCACAGAAUUACCAAGGACCUCAUCCGAACUCUGAAAAUGAAACUAAAUUUAUAACCAAUGUCAUGAAGAAAUAUAAGAGUGGUAUAAAAACUUAUAUCUCCUUUAGACGUAAUGGUCACGCUAUUCUUUAUCCGUUUGCUUCAAGAAACGUGUCUUUGGAUAAUAUGCAAAAGACGAAGAUGAAAUCCGAUGAGAUCGCUAAGAAGGUAAAUCAACGCGCUGGUGUCAUACAAUGGUUUGUCAGCCAGAGUAUUUACGACAUGAAUGGCGAGGCCCAUUGUGGUCAUAGUGUUGAUUACGCAUACAAUAAAAUGGAUGUACAUAACUCGUUCGAAAUGCGUAUUUUUCCGGAAACAGAUAACGAUAUAAUGUCCAAAUUUCAAUCGUUGCCUAAAGGUUACGAUGUCUCUCUAAGAACUGGAUAUUUUAGCGGAAUUAGAGAGUUAUACAACUUGCUCGUGGCUGAAAAUCAUAUGGAAAAAUUAAAAUUGUAAUAAAGUAAAAUUUUGUUGCAUAAA